UUCGAGAGAGAAAAACAGAAAAUCUCAAAAGCAGUUCGGAAAGAGUGAAUUGAUAGAUAGAGAGAAUAAUUAAGAAGUAGGUGUAAUAGUCGCAUAGCAUGGCUGAGAAAAGUAAAAUUUUGAUAAUCGGAGGGACUGGCUACAUCGGUAAACACAUAGUACAAGCAAGCGCAAAAGCCGGACAUCCCACUUUUGCAUUGGUCAGGGAGUCCACUCUCUCUGAUCCUGCCAAGGCUGAUCUCCUCAAUACUUUCAAAACUUUGGGCGUCAAUUUGGUCCCUGGGGAUUUCUACGAUCAUGAGAACUUGGUGAAAGUGAUCAAGCAGGUGGAUGUGGUGAUAUCUACGGUAGGUCAUGUGCAGCUUGCAGAUCAGGUGAAGAUCAUAGCUGCAAUUAAGGAGGCUGGUAAUGUUAAGAGAUUUUUGCCUUCGGAAUUUGGGAACGAUGUUGAUCGUACACAUGCCGUAGAGCCAGCAAAAUCAGCAUUUGCCACAAAAUCCCAAAUUCGACGUGCUAUUGAAGCAGAAGGUAUACCUUAUACAUAUGUUUCUAGCAACUACUUUGCUGGCUAUUUUCUUCCCACAUUAGCUCAGCCUGGACUCUUUGCUCCACCUCCCCCAAGAGACAAAGUCAUCAUUUAUGGAGAUGGAACUGCCAAAGCGGUCUUCAACAAGGAAGAUGACAUUGGAACCUUCACCAUUAGAACUGUGGAUGAUCCAAGAACAUUGAACAAGAUUGUCUACAUAAAGCCCCCCAAGAACACUUACUCAUUCAACGAGCUUAUCGCCUUGUGGGAGAACAAGAUUGGAAAGACCCUCGAAAAAACUCAUUUACCAGAGGAUAAACUUCUCAAGGAUAUUCAAGAGUCACCUAUUCCAAUCAACGUGAUAUUAUCAAUCAACCACUCGGUGUUCGUGAAGGGUGACCAGACCAAUUUUGAGAUUGAGCCUUCUUUUGGUGUUGAGGCUUCUGAGUUGUACCCUGAUGUUAAGUACACCACUGUCGAUGAAUUCCUUGAUCAGUUCGCUUGAAAGUUAUAUACAUAUUCUGAAUAAUGAUACUAUAUCAGUUGUUGCUUUGGAAUUGCCCUGCCUCUCCUACUUGUUGUUUCUUAUUUGCUAUGUAAACUGGUUAAUGCUUCGUACCUCAAAUUAUAUAUAAAAAAGAGGUUGUGUAUUUUAUCAAAUGUGCCAUUUCUUGGUGUCAUGUGACUCUUUACUGGUUGGAUUGAAAAUGAUAAAUGCUCAAGACUCAACACUUUCUUUGGCCUCA